AUAGCUAUCUAAAAUGUAUCUUAGACAAAUGCAUUUCACAGAGCGUUGCUACUUAUCAGUUCGCCUUUUGAGCUUCAUAUACCAGAAUUGUGUGUUUCCAGCAGGUGUGUUUUUGGCUAUAUCAGCAGGUGUGUUUUCGGCUACCAGCAGGUGUGGUGUUUGGCUAUAUCAGCAAGUGUGCUGUUUGGCUGUAUCAGCAGGUGUGUUAUUCGGCUACCAGCAGGUGUGGUGUUUGGCUAUAUCAGCAGGUGUGUUAUUCGGCUACCAGCAGGUGUGGUGUUUGGCUACAUCAGCAGGUGUGUUAUUCGGCUACCAGCAGGUGUGUUGUUUGGCCAUCAGCAGGUGUGUUGUUCGAUCAUCGGUAGGUGUGUUGUUCGAUCAUCAAAAGAGCUGUUGUUCGAUCAUCAAAAGAUCUGUUAUUCGGUCAUCAAAAGAUCUGUUGUUCGGUCAUCAGCAGGUGUGUUGUUCGAUCAUCGGUAGGUGUGUUGUUCGAUCAUCGGUAGGUAUGUUGUUCGAUCAUCAAAAGAGCUGUUGUUCGAUCAUCAAAAGAUCUGUUGUUCGGUCAUCAGCAGGUGUGUUGUUCGAUCAUCGGUAGGUGUGUUGUUCGAUCAUCAAAAGAGCUGUUGUUCGAUCAUCGGUAGGUGUGUUGUUCGAUCAUCAAAAGAGUUGUUGUUCGAUCACCGGUAGGUGUGUUGUUCGAUCAUCAAAAGAGCUGUUGUUUGAUCAUCAAAAGAGCUGUUGUUCGAUCAUCAAAAGAUCUGUUGUUCGGCCAUCAGCAGGUGUGUUGUUCGAUCAUCGGCAGAUUUGUUGUUCGAUCAUCAAAAGAGCUGUUGUUCGGUCAUCGGUAGGUUUGUUGUUCGAUCUUCAAAAGAUUUGUUUUUCGGCCAUCAGCAGGUGUGUUGUUCGACCAUCAACAGAUGUUUUGUUCGUUCAUCGGACGGUUAACGUUUGUUGUUCAGUCUUAAAAUAAUAUGUUGUUCGGCUUUCAGCAGUUGUUCUGUUCGACCAUCGUCAGGUGUUAUGUUCAACCAUCUGCAGGUGUGUGGUUAGACCAUCAGCAUGUGUGUUAUUCGGUCAUCAGCGAGUGUGUGUUCAGCCACCAAUAGAUGUGUUGUUCGACUAUCCGCAGCUGUUGUUUCGGGCAAAUACUUUAUCUAAUGCAGUUCGUCCUACAUCGCUAUGUCCGAAAUUGAAUCAAGCAAGUAAAUCAACAAUAUGUUACGUUGAUUAUGAAAGGACAGACUUUUUAAAAAAACAUAUUACUGAAAUACAUGUAUGAAAUAUACAAAAAUGUUCUUAAAAGCGGAGUUUAUGAAUAUCAUUUCCCUACAUGUACUAUUG